AUGGGGAAGUUGACGUUUAAGGGAGAUAAGCCCAAGAAACGCAAGAGAACAGAAAAGGAGGAUAGACAUGAGCCCGUGAAGAAGACUAGGGGUGAAAAUGUAAACUUAGAUGGUUGGAGUACGGCCUCAUGCGUAGAAGACUUGAAGGGCCCAUGCAUAGUGUUAGGAGAUAUUCAUAAAGAUGGGAAUGUGGACAAGGACAAAGAGGACAGUUUUGCAGCUGAAGAACAGCAUGCGGUUUUACAAGUCGAUGAGGAUGCUGUUACAACGGGGAAAGAUCUUGACGUUGUAGCAGAUACGGUUAAUUUCUUUGGGGGGAAUGUGUAUCCAGGAAUACAUAAAUGUGAGCCCAACAAGGUGAAUCAGGUGUUAACAUUGGUGCCCAUUAGCGAGUUUGAGAAGUCGAGGCUCGAUACUUCCAAAACUAACAGAUUUGCCUUGAAGACUCAUCACAAUCGCUACAUAUCCACCACAAUGGAGUUAGUGCAUGCCAUAGGUGACAACGAGAUAUUCACAUUCAAAAGCGUUAAUGUUGCAAACGACAAGUUAGGAUACGACGAGCCCUGGUGGGAGAUAGUCCACGAUGACGCUCGGCUUGUGAUUGAACAUUCAGACUCGACUUACAAAGUUAAAUUUGUGGACACUGGCAAAAUACCCGAAACCAACGAUAUUAUCGACAGGUUUGUUAUCAGGGUGCAAUCUAAAAAUACUCUCAAGGGGUCACAAAUACUAUUGAAUGACUCGGAGGUAGACAACGGUCCUAAUUUGAAUAAAAUAGUCCGUCAGCUAUAUAAAGAUACCAAUGGAAAGAUCGAAAUAAACGAUAAAUUGGUGAAGAGGUUAAAAGAUGCCAUUUCAACGGGCGAUAUCAACGAGCAAAUUAUACAAGAGAAGUCUCGCUACCUUUCCAAAUGGUAA